AUGGAACACAGACACGUGAGCGCAUACGAUCACGCCAUCGCCGGGCAAGUUGCGGGCAUGGUUGGAUUGGCGUUGGUGCACCCGCUGGACACUGUGAAGGCGCGACUCCAAGCGCCGGCGCCGGCCGUGACGACGGCGAUGGUGAACACGACGAGGGGAGCGAUGUGUGUGGCGAAAAGUUUGGUGGCACAGGACGGUGCACGUGGUCUGUAUCGCGGUCUCACGGCGCCGAUGUUAGCGUACGGCGCCAUCAACGCCGUGGCGUUUAGCACCAACGCGUACGUACGUGACUCGAUAGAAGAAGCCUUCGGAGCCGAGGCGGCAUCUACCACGCUUGCAGGAGUGGUCAGCGGAGCAUCUGCGGGUUUAGUGUCAAGCUUCGUGCGCGGCCCGGCUGAGAGAUUGAAAACGAUCCAACAAGUCGUGGAUUGCGACAGCGGGCGAUAUCGUAGCGCGACUUCGACGGCGUUUACGCUCGCGCGAGAACAUGGCGUGAUGAAGGGAAUAUUCGCCGGUACCGGAGCGACGAUCGCGCGAGAGAUCCCUCAGUGUGCUGUGUACUUUCUUACGUACGACCGUUUGAAGAGCGUGUGUAUGCGAAAGUUGUGCGGAGAUGGCGUCGACGCUCGAGACGCGCCGCCGUCGACGCGAGCCGCCGCUAUCGUGCUCGCGGGCGGAAGCGCCGGUGCGGUCCAAUGGCUCUUGACGUAUCCGCUGGAUGUCACUAAGAGUAGGAUUCAAGCCGCGGCGCCCGGUGUGUACUCAGGCGUUCUCGAUUGCGCGAUGAAAUCUGUCUCGCGCGAAGGACCGAUGGUGCUGUUUCGAGGCUUGAACAUGGCGCUUCUUCGCGCGUUUCCACUUCAUGCGAGCAUUUUUGCAUCGUGCGAGGCGGUACACUCAUUACUUGCGCACGUGCGUGGAUCGCGGGACGACGGGGGUAUCGGAUAUUAG